AUGGCCGACGCACCAUCCGCGGGUGUUUACGACAACACCUGGUACCAACGCGCCAGUCGCGAAUAUCCCGAUGAACCGGACAGCCCCGAUUCCAGCGACACGGUUGCGACGCAUGCGACUGCUGCAGUGAGGGGUCACGACGAACUGUCCAGAUAUAUCGCGCUUCAAAGACCGGGUAAUCCCCACGCUCCACUCAUGAAUGCAGAGAUCCCGCAACCCCCACCAAAACCAAACAACGAAGGAUGUUGGAAUUAUGUCGAGUUCAUCCCAGAAUGGACAGAUCCUCUAUGGUCUGACCCCGCGAUGGAAACCGAAGGAUCUGGGGAUAAUGAGCGCCUUGUUCGGCCGCACAAUUUCUUGCGGUACAUGCGUCCCGCCCAACUUCCCAUGGAUCAAGCCAAAAGGCCUACGGGCAUGGCCUUGAGGUGUGGCAUCUUCCCGGGGCGCCAGGAUGGACGUUCCCGGAUGACGCCAACGAGAAAAUCGUUUCGCAAAUUUUUCGUGGAAGGCAUCGAGCGACCCGACGUACAUGGCGAAUAUAUCACUCAGCAGGCCGAAAUCAUGGCGCGUGACAAGAACGUCUCCGGCGCGGAUGAUCUCUUGAUUGAGUACUCGAAACUGGAUGCCAACCGACGAAGUCAACUAUCUCAACACGAGCAGUACGUCCUCGAGAGAAUGACGGAAAUGCAGCAGGAUGAAGACUGGCAAUCGAUGUUCUUUCAUGGAAUGACUACGAAUGAGCUUAUAAAUGAAGGUAUUCUGUCCAUGACGGAUGACAAUGAUGUGCAGCUACAGAAUGAGAUACACAGGUAUCUUCGGCGAGACAAAUGGGCAUCCACUUUGCAUCGAGGAACCGAAGAGGACUUUCCCAGACUGGUCUACCAGGCUGGUAACCAGAAGGGUGAGUGGGAUCCGAAGCAGAGAAACAAUCAUCUCUGGAGACGCCUUCAGCCAGCGCUCAAGUUGGCGUCUCGUAUGCUGUCUUUCCUCGAGGACAAUGACCCGUUUUGGAAAGCCCUCUUGGAUAUCUUCAACAGAGUGCGCGUCCCAUCCAGCCGUGAUGAUCGAUCCGUGGCCCAGAGAAGCGAACACCCAUCCUUCACCUUCUCCAAAGACCCGGAUGCCGGCCCGUCAGCGGUCGGCGACCUCAUACACAUGGCCUGUGACCCGAUCGCAGAGACUGAAAAGGCGAUGGACGAAAUGGUCGAGAUACAGAUCGGCAGCGCAUAUCACGAGCCAGGGGAAAACCCUUCUAUACCAACUUCAGGCAUUACGUACGGCCAAAUCAGAAAUGAUGGCACCGUCGGGGAAAAGAUCAUCAUCACGCUUGCUGCUGACUCCAUGUAUCCGUUGCUUGUAGAUGGCUACAGCAAGGACGAACUGCUGGUCACAUCUUACUACCUUGCCGUGACCCUCGUUCAUGAGUUUGCGCAUGUUGUUAACUACGCACACUAUCGCUGGCUCGUCAACCCAGGGCCAAGCAUGGUAGAAGGCCUUGUCGGUUUUCCAAGUCUCCAGGAACAGGUUAAGUUAGCUGCAAAGACCUUGUUCGGUGGACCUCGUGGUGAUAUGGAACCGUUCUUCGAACAAGAACCAAGGACUGAGCUAGGCUAUGCUCUGGAGAACCAUCUUUUUGGUGGUCAGGUUUGGCCGUUACUCAGCGAUUACAAGAUGACUGCCAAACACCUUUUCUUCCUGCCUUGUGGCAUUCUCAUAACGCGAUGGCCAACGGGUCUAACAGCGAGUCGUCCAUCGAGCUACGUGACAACGGCAUCUCCGUCGAGCCUCGUGUUGAAGACACCUCCUAUGGCGGCUACAAACUACAGCACUUGCGUGCAAGUCUCACGGGUAGCACGCCUUUUCAAGGAGGAGUUUUGGGCAGCUCAAGUGCCUCGUUACGGCAGCGCCGCGAUGCGUCUCAACUCAAGUGCACCUGCCCGAGUCGUUCCCACCAUGGAUGAGGACUUCUUGCAGUGCAUCCUGGACUUGCUUGACGGCGACGUCGACGAAAUGUUCCGCGCCUGGCCCGACAAUCUCUCUAAAAGAAAUCCGUUGCUCAACAGGUUCCUCGAACUGCUCAGCAUCGAGUAUCUCAGGUUGACUGUCGCAAAGUACAAAUGGACGAAGGAUUUCCAGACUUGGCCAACUAGGUUCAAGGUUAUCCAAAACAUGAUCAUGCAGACCCAGAUCAUUACCGAGGAGGCCAUCAUGUCAUCCAAUCACCAGCAAGCUUUGCAUUUUGAACCGAGUGCGCUGGAGAUGUGGGAGAAGCAGUUUGAAUCAACCUACAGACUGAACGUCAAAACGCACGAGCAGAAGUUUGGCUACGACAAUUUCGAGCUUCCCGAAGGCUCGGCUCUACUUCAGCCCCUCCACGACGAUGAAGACGUGGACCCAGACCUCGAUUUCUGGGGCAUCCUCGAGAAUGACGUAGCAAAAAAGGCCCCCGAAAGACUUCGAAACGUGCUGGUGAGGGCGUACGGAGAACUGCAGUACGAGGUCAACAUGAUACAGGACUUGUACUUUGAUGUCUUCAGACUCACGGACGAGCAGAGGGCCUUUUUCGCAUCGCAGAGGUUCAUCAAGCGAGACAAUGUGAAUAGGCUGCAGGAGCGGAUCAGCCAGAUACUGGAGCUUCAGGGCAGUGUUGUCCAACUACUGCACAAUCUACCAAAAUCGACAGUCGCCGUUGACUUUCAGCAGGAAUUUGGGCCUCAGUACUUCGCGCUCAUGCAACUGGCCACACAGCUCCAAUGUUGGGCGGCAGACCUGCGCCAGAUCAACCCGCAGAACUGGCAGGAGCUGCUGCCUCUGAUCCCGACAAUCAGUAACUCGAAGCGCACGGGGUCACAGAGAAUCUUGUAUUUCGCGCAGCGCGAGGUUCAGCUUAUGCCCAUCGCAGAACUAAAGACUAUCGAGGAGAUGGUGGCUCGUUUCCAGUCCAAGUCUCUGCCCGCCGCGCAGAUGCUGAGUCUUCAUUCGAAGAGGAGUUUCGAUAGCUUUGUCGCGGACAUGGAGAGCAAGCUGAAGUCGAAGUUCGGCGACACGGUCGAAGAAACGGUUGUCGUCCCCGAGGGCAACGUGGAUCCCUCCAGCGUUGCUUCGCAGCGCACGGAGAUGGGGAAGCCGGAGUUGCGCAGCGGGAAGCGAGUCAAAUACACGAAGCCGCCGAGUCUUCAUCACCCGAAGCUGCCGCAUCCUCCUACCAUCACCCAAGCUACCAAGGCAUCUCUUGGUAUCAACUACAAGCCUCCAAGGUACUCGGAAACGUCAGUUGCGAGGCUGGGUCGCCAAAACAAGGGGAAGGGAAAGAGACGCACUUCCGACAACAGCGCGUAUACCAACUUCACGCCGAUGAAGUUCUCAGAAAGCAAGCCUUUCAGCCUCGACUUCGGUCGCACUUCCCUGCCGCUUCUGCCGACUCCGGAACCAAUGUGUGGAGUCAAGAGUACAGGACCGAGCUCCCUCGGCAUCUUUCCCGCGCCGUAUGGCCUCACCGCGACCUUCACGGAAGACCUGCAGCUCGAGGCGAGGCUCAAGGCAGGAGCCGCGGCGGUGGCGAGAGCGGAAGCUGCAAAGUCGACGAGAUCUGCCACGGAAACGUAUCGCGAUCCUGGGUUGCAGACCAUCGCGGAGUCGCCUGAGACGCCGGAUUUCAGGAGUCGGUUCAGGGAUCCGGGUGACGGGUCCCCGGCGCGCAGGCCGGAGAUGAGGGCUAACGCGGGUUUUGUGCCGGCCACGGGGCCUAGGCGGGUCGAGAGGGCGUCUGUAUCCGCGACGCCGUCGUCCGCCUUGCCGCCGAGGCCGGAGAGGAGGGCGUCUUCGAAGUUUAAGAGGCAGGAGUCGGGUGAUGCUAUGGAUUGUGCGGAGGGGUGA